AUGGCUGCGUUUGAUACUCCGUGGAUGAUGUCGAGCUCUCCGUCUUCAACCAGGAGAGAUGAUGAUGGCGCAUCUCAGAUCAGCCAUGAUCCGAAUCCCCCGACAGUGGCGUCCUUCUCGCCUGUGACCCUGUCCCAUACUACAUCAUCUACCAAACAACGGUCCACCAUUCUUGUACAUCAGAAAUCACCACUGUUGAUAGCUACACCGCCUCAGAUCACUCGGGCGUUGGCAUAUUCGCAUCCAUUUCUUCUGCCCCUCAAUAAAUUUGUUGGUCUUUUGACAUGGACGUCUGGGGAUCCUUGGGAGAGCUUCCUGCUCGUGGCAGGCUUCUGGGCGAUUGUACUAUACGGAGAUGUGGUUAUGCGGGUGGGAGGACCGAUUGUGGUUGUUAUGGGCUUGAUUUUGGGGAUGUAUUCUAGAAGAUACUCCCCUUUAUCCUCUACUGGCUGGACGGGAGAGAAGCAAAACAAAGGGCACAAGAAGGAAAAUUCGGAAGCCACGAAUACCAAACACCAGAAGACCCUGGACGAAAUUGUUGAGACACUGAAAAUAUUCACAUCAAGAUGCAAUGUGCUCCUAGAUCCUCUCUUAGAGCUCACGGAUUUCCUCUCAACCCAGAGGACUGCAACAUCCGCGACUACGAGGCCAGCUCUCACUACGCUUCUGAUACGUAUACUGCUUGUUACUCCACUGUGGAUUGUCCUCACGCUCCACCCAAUACAUAUCAUCACAACCAAGAGAAUUCUCCUAGUCUCAGGAACUAUAUUCUUGACGUGGCACUCGCGGCCAACCAGAGUAUCAAGGACAAUACUAUGGAGAUCAGCAGUCGUUCGACAAUUAUGUGCCGCUAUUACAGGUCUUCACUUCACCGACAACCUCACUCCUCCCACCACAGAUGAGGAGAGGCCGCCUGCCCUACCUCCUCGAAAUCCAUCAGCACUCGCAGCUACAGCUACACUAGCAGCAAAACGCAGACCCGAUGCUCCAGGGGUGAAAUUUACCUUUAUUCUGUAUGAGAAUCAGCGAAGAUGGGUUGGACUCGGCUGGACCACCUCGUUAUUUGCGUAUGAGAGGGCUACGUGGACAGAUGAGCAUUUGAAUCCAGCACCUGCUAAGGAUGAAUUUGAGCUACCUGAUGUUGAGGGUGGUGCGGCCAGGUGGAGAUGGGUUGAGGGAAGCAAAUGGCUUGUAGAGGGUGCUGGGGAGUCUGAUGAGGGAGGGGUAAAGGCUAAAGAGGAUGCCACUGAUGGUGGGCAAGGCUGGAUCUACUAUGAUAAUAAGUGGCAAAAUGGCCGCCGCGGCCAAGACGGCUGGGGCCGCUACACCCGCCGUCGAAAAUGGUAUCGUGACGCCGAGCUCGUCGAAGUGUCCGGCAGCACAGAAAUAACGCCCUCCCCCACCCCAACCCGCAAUAACAGUCCCACCGCAACACGCACCCCCGUCUCCGCAGCCUCAUCAAUAUCACCACCACAAUAUGAGCUUCCCGAGCAAGAAAAGGAAAAAGAGAGAGAAAAUAGCAUCAAAAGCGAUGAUGCUAGUACUAAAAGCUCCGGGUUCAGACAGGGUGGCGGUGCUAGGAAGAGACACACGCGGACGCCGAGUCGGAGGAGUAGUCAUAGUUAUGCCAGUGAUGAUGAUAAACCGAGACAUAAUGAGGCGGAUUGGGGGAUUGGUGAUGAUGCUAGAAUGGGCCUGGAGUAA